AAUUUUCUCAAAUACGUUACGUUUGUUGUUGUAUUUUCUGCAAUGUCGUUUGCUGACGCAACUCUGAGGAAAAGAUUAACAAUGGUCGAAAAACGAAUCGGGUUUGUAGAAACGCGUAUGAAUAAUGACAACGAACUGGCGAAUGCAAUGUUCACAACCUUGCAACAAAAUUACGAAGAGCUAAAUAAUACUGUCUUACAUUUGAAGGAACAGAUGUGCCCUAAAAUCGAGUUUGUGGAAAAGAAAAGAGAGCACACAAAUAAAAAGGAGAUUGUUGAAACUGUUAAACAUAGCCACAUGCUAGUGUCGCUUGGAAUCAAAAGUGAGAAAAAAUGGACACGGGAUCAAGUUGAAAACCUUACUAUUCAGUUUAGUAAAGAAACUGGUCGGGUAAACAGACAGUUGUCAGACUUCACAGAUCAGAUGAAUUUACAAAAUAGCUUGUUGACCAAAAAAUACUCGGAGUUUAAAUCUGAACUGAUAGGCAUGAAUAAAGACAUAAAAUCUGAUUUGCAAUUGAUGGUUACAGAUAUUGAUAACCAAAUCCAAGUCAAGCUAAGGCAAAUGAACGAAGCAAUAAUCCAAAAUAAGAAGCUUAUGGAAAGUCAAACACAUUUGAUUAAUGCACAACAGGCAGAACUUGAAGCUUUAAAGAAAGAACAAGUUGAAGUGAAACAUAAUCUUAAAUCUAUCCUGAUAUGUCCAGAGGGCUGGAAAAUGAUUUUAGAAAAUUGUUAUAUGUAUAUACAAGAAAAGAAGACGCUCAGUAAGGCACGUGCCAAUUGUGAACUUGUUGGGGGAUAUUUGGCUGAUAUUGAAAGUCAAGAGGAGAAUUCCCUUAUCAUUGAUAAGCUUGGAAUCAAUGGUAAAUCGUGGAUUGGUUAUUCUGAUGAGGAGGAAGAAAAGCAAUGGGUUUCAUUCAAAACAGGUCGAACUGCAAGUUUUACAAACUUCAGAAAAGGGCAACCGGAUUCCGGAACUUUACAGAAUUGCGUUAUAGUUGGAUAUGAUAGCCCAAUGAUGUAUUGGAACGACUGGCCAUGCUCCUAUAAUGAAUCAUCAAUCUGUAAAAAAUUUUAACUAAUGUAAAGAUAUUUCAUUCAACUGUUUUCAAAAUUGUUUAAAAAAAACAACGUUUGUUUCGAGAACAUAUUUGACAAGGAUCGCCCAAGAGAAGGGUCUUUGGGGACCGGUGACCGUCGAAGACCAGAGACAUGAAAGGGUCGAUUAGUACGUCAUCUGUCCGUAUCAUCCAGACUUUGAAGAUGUGUCUUUUAAACGUCUUGAUAAGAUAGACUACAAUGAUAUUUCCAUGUUUACAUUUUUUUUUCAUUUCUUAAUGACACUUACUUUAAUAUUUUUUCAUAUACCCAUUUGAAACUACCAUAUGUGCAUGAAGAUUAGAUGUUAUUAUCAAUUUAUUUAACAACUGCGUUAAUUAACCACUCAUAAUUAUACGGUUUAUAGAUCACGUGCUCCUCCAUGCUUCAUAAUUGGUCACGUGACCCCCAUACCUUAAAAUAAGUUGCAUACCAAUACUCUGCGUGUUCUGCGUGAUUGUGUAAUGGUCGUUUGUAAAUGUUUUAAGAAUUUGAAAAUUGUAGCUAUAUAAGGAAAAUAUAUUAGUUCCAAAACAAUCAGUAGAGCUGAGUAACAAUUAACAAUAAAAUAUGCUGCUGACGCCUGAAUUAUGUAAAGAGCACUCUUACAUUUUUUCAAUACUUAAUAAAAGUCCUUUGUGCAAGUGAAUUGAUAAAUAAAUGAGGGAAUUAAUGGAUCCAGUUUCAUUGGCUAAUCGCAUGGUGCGGUGAAUUUUCUUUGACUGUUAUACGACAGUAACAUGUUUUAUUGACAAUAACGCAGAGUGCAUGUGCGAUAUCUCAAAUAACGCACAUUUUUCAGAAAAGGUGUGUGAUAUGUCAAAUAAAUCACAGUUAUGGAAGUUCACUUGGUUCAUGUAUUACCGUGACAAAAACACAAUGGUCACUUAACUGUACCAAAAUUUAGGAUAAAAACCCGAAUAAAUUCAGAUUAGGGAUAGGUAAUGGGGUUCUGGGGAUAUAGUGUUCAGUUUAAAAAAAGUUUUGUCUGGUUCAUGGACGUACUUGCUCUGUUACUACCCUUUUAAUCCUUUUUUCCGGCAUGUUUUUGGUGCUAAGAGGCACUGCCCCUUUAAAUCGUUUGAUGAAUAGCAAUACUUGCGAUAUUAUUCAUUUCUAGUCCCCGAGAAAUGUAAGUCCCCGAGAAAUAAUCAAUAAUCGUUAUUGUUGAAAUUACAAUAACAACAACAACAACAACAAUAAUAAAUUAUUUUUUUUUACCAAGAAAAAGUGCUUUUAGCUCAUCUGACCACGAAGUGGUCAAGGUGAGGUAUAGUGGUAGAUCUAUGUCUGGCGUCGUGUGUUGUCAACAUUGAGAUUGUCACAGUUUUGGUUGGAUCAUAAUCAAACUUUGUCAGAAUGUUUGUGUUGAUGAAAUAAAGGUCGGGUUCGAAUAUGGGGUAGUUCGGGUCAAAAGUAGGCAACAAGAGCUAAAAAUAAAAAAUAAAUGUGUUUAACCUCUAGUGGCUACUGUUUUGAUUCAAAUAUCCUGAAAUAUUGUUUUGAUGAUUUCUAGGUCAAGUUCAAAUAUGGGUUAUCUAGGAUGAAAAACUUGAUCACACAGCCCAAAUAUAAAAAACCCUCGUUAACACUCUAGAGGCUACUGUUAUAAUUCAAAUAUCCUGAAAAUUUGUCAGAAAGGUUGUUUUAGUGAUUUCUAGGUCAAGGUUGCAUAUGGUUAACCUGGGGUCGAAAGCUAGGUCCCACAGCCCCAAUAUGGAAAAUAUUGUUAGCACACAGACUCUUGAGACUACUGUUUUGUUCAAUAUAGUAUUGAAAUUAAUCAGAAAGGUUUUUUAAGUGAUGUCUAAGUCAAGUUCGAACAUGGGUUACCUUGGAUCAAAAACUAGGUCACUCAGCCCAAAUAUGGAAAAUCUUGUUUACACACUAGGGGCUAUUGACCCAGUCAAACUAUCCUGCAAAUUGGUCAGAUAGUUUGUUUCAAUUAUUUUUAGGUCAAAUUCGAAUAUUGGUCAUCUGUGGUCCAAAACAAGGUCACACGGCCGAAUAACGAAAAACGUUGUUAACACACUAGGGCCUACUGUUUCAGUCUAUUUUUUUCUAGAAAUUGGUGAAAUGUUAUGAUGAUUUUAAAGUCAAGUUGAAUAUGGGUUACCUGGGCUCAAAAACUUGAUCACACAGCCCAAAUAUGGAAAAACCUUGUUAACAUUAUACUGUUCCAGUCAAAAUGUUCUGAAAAUUGGGACUGAGCCUUCAAAAUCAGGUGAGUGAUAUAAGGGCCAUCAUGUAGGGUCGUUCGAAUCCCUUCAGAGAAUUCGGAUUCUUACAUGUUAUGAAACUUUGCAGCUUGCUUACAACCCGUGCUUCAGAUAAAGCAUGACUUUAGGCGACGUUCCAGCUUUAAUGAUGAGGGAGGACCUCAGGUGCUCCUUUGGGCAUUGUAUAAGGUACAAGCUGGCACCUGAGUAGGAUCACCAACAUUCUGUUAGCUAACUGGAUAUCUUUUUCACAUGAAAUAACUGAAAGCCGAUUCAAAAGGGAUUCGAACUCACUGUGGCUGUUCCAUGUUAGCAACAAUAACCACUUGGACACAAAUGCAUUCAAUGACCUUUUAGUUUGUGAUAACAAACUAUUCUGAUAGUAAUGUAUACGCUUUUCUUAUAUGAACAUGCUGUAAAUUUAAAUAGUGUGCAUAUCUGUACAUAUCAUAUGUUUUGCUCUUCAUUAUUGGAGGAAAUCAAGGAAUAUAUUU